CUCCUAACUGGGUCCGCCUGCCGUAAAGGAAGCGCACCUUACUCUCCGGGACGUUUCCACCUUUCAGCUCAGACGCGCUCGCUGCUGUGCGUCUCCCCCCGAAAGCGAACCGUCGUCGUCCCGGUAGGAAGCCGCCCGCCCCCCGGCCGCCCCCCCGGACUGCAGCCAUGUCCGGCGCGCUCGCGCGGCUGCUCUUCUACCCGACGUUGGCCUACACCGUCGCCAUGGAGAAGAUGACGUCGAGGCGCUGGUUCGACCGGGUGGACGACACCGUGGUCCUGGGCGCGCUCCCGUUCCGGUCCAUCACCAGACAGUUGGUAGAAGCGGAAAACGUCCGAGGGGUCAUCACCAUGAACGAGGAGUACGAGACCAAAUACUUCUGCAACUCAGCCGAGGAGUGGCGGGCGGCGGGGGUGGAGCAGCUGCGGCUGAGCACAACGGACUUCACCGGCGUCCCCAGCCUGGAGAACCUGAGCCGAGGGGUGGAGUUCGCCCUGCGGCACCGAGAGCAAGGCAGCAGCGUGUACGUGCACUGCAAGGCGGGGCGCUCCCGCAGCGCCACCAUGGCCGCCGCCUACCUCAUCCGGCUGCACAGCUGGACGCCGGAGGAAGCCUGCGAGAAGCUGAUGUCCGUCCGGCCGCACGUGCUGGUGCGCUCGGCCCAGCUGGAGAUGCUGAGGAGGUACUACCAGCAGGUGUGCCAACGAGCCGGCUGAGGGGGCGGGGCCUAAGGGCCGGGGGCGGGGCCUGCUGCUGUGAUAUUGGACUCGUACAGAGCCUCGACUCAGAAGGUUUACCCUCAAAGAAAAGGCCAAUAUAUGUGCAUUCCCCCAACAUUUUUAAAUGUUCUCGCAAGUUUUUACUGCAAAAAAGUUUUAGUUGGUAAUUUUCUAAAAGGAAUAUUAUCACUUUAUUUUUGUAAGCAAAGCGUCUUUCCUUUAACUCCACAUCCAGCUGGUGGCUUAAAGGUGUAGAAAUAAAUGUAAACAAACUUUUGUAAUAACAGAUGAUUUGUUUGGGUUUCUGGAACAAUUUUUCACCCGAAAAAUACCGUGACUCCUGAAGCCAGCAGGCAACAGGGCAGAGUGUGUUUGACUGUAAUAAUAAAAACAUGUCAUGUCAUGUCAA